AUGUCGCAGUCUUCAAUAAUAUUAAGAUGCGCAAAUUCUCAAGGACUAUUAAUUGAAAGGUUUAUGGGAUUUUACGAUGUAGGUGCCGGUAGAACAGCUGAGCAUUUGUUCACUAUGGCUGUGACAGUUUUAGAGCCUUUGGAAUACAGACAUAAUCUUGUAGGACAGUGUUACGAUGGAGCCAGUGUGAUAUCAGUGCACUUAAAUGGACUUCAACAAAAGCCACAUGCCCCACAAGCAAUUUUUGUGCAUUAUCUAGCCCAUCGACUUAAUCUUAUUUUGCAACAGAACUUGAAGGAAAUACCAAAAUGUUGA